UCUCUACCCAGUACCCACCCUCCCCUUCUCUCUUGUGGCCUUGCGGCGCCGACUGGGCGAGCGGCGACGCCCUUCGACGCGUCUCCGCCGGGCUCGUCGCCGACGACGAGCGCCCACCAGCAGCUAGCAGGCAACUUCUUGAAGAGCAAGGUUAGAUUUUUCCUUAGAAUCAAACAAGAUACGGAUGGAUCAGGAGGUGAAGGACUCGAGGUCUCCCAGCGAGCCAAACCUCUUCCUGCAAUGGGGGAGCCGGAAGCGGCUGCGCUGUGUCAAGACGCGUGAUGACGGCUCACCAUCACCCUCGCCGUCUGAAGUUCUUAGGCGUGCUAUACCCCGUGCGAGUCGGCCUCUACUCGGUGCUGACGUCGCACCAUUCCGUUCGCCGCGCCGCCCAAGCACCCUUCAACGCAGGAAAUCGGAUUCACUAAUGAAUGAGUACAAACAGUCGAUGGCACUCUCCCCGGAUAAGGACCGGUAUUACUCCACUAGGGGUUCACCAUUCCCUUCCGAGGGGAAUGGGUUUGAUUUCGGUGGUUUAACAGAGGAGAAGGGAACCACUGCGUUGCCAAGGUUCUUCAUUGCAUUGUCUAACAAGGAGAAGGAGGAGGAUUUCAUGGCAAUGAAGGGCUGCAAGCUCCCACAGAGACCAAAGAAAAGACCCAAGCUGAUGCAAAAGUGCUUGCUUAUGGUGAGCCCAGGAGCUUGGUUGUCAGAUCUGUCACAUGAGAGAUAUGAAGUUCGAGAGAAGAAGAGUUCAAAAAAGAGGGCUAGAGGCUUGAAGGCUCUGAGCAUGGAGAGCGAUUCAGAGUAAAGGUGGAGGAGGCUAUGAAUUUUUGGACAUUGACUUCGAGGAAGAAAUUUCUAGUUAGGUGGCAAUGCUGGUUCUUCAAUUAGGCAAACCUCAGAGGGGUUAUCAAUGGCUGUUCUGCUCUAUCUGACUACCUGUUCUCCUGCCUCCCCUGCUGUACCUCCAUCCUCCUUUGGUCGAAGAAAUUAUCAAAGAGAGCUAUGCACUUUAACAGUAAAGAAUAUAUUAGCCCAGUUUCUGAUAACAA